CCGGACUCUCCAUCUUCUUCAACGGAAUCAGAAGACAAUUUCGAGAUGCUCUGAAUAAUACUUCCCGAAAUGGUUUCACAAGAAUGGAAGCACCAGAAGCAUAUGAACUGGUGGAGAAGAUAUGCUCUGAAGAUACUGAAUGGGGUACUGAGACCGGCAUUCGAAGGAGAGGAGGCUUGCAUGAGAUAGACAGAGUUGCAAGCUUAGAAGCAAAGAUUGAUGCUAAGCUGGAUUCCAAGUUCGAUGCACUCGAACGAAGGCUGGCUAAGUUGGCUCUUGGUAGACAGGAGGAGGUUGCUUAUUGCGAAUUAUGUGAAGAUGCUCAUCAUAGGGAUCUAUGUCCACUGGUGGAUGAUCAGGUGGAAGAUGUGCACUAUAUCAACAAUCAAAGAAAUCAAGGCCAGGGUGGUAUGUAUUCGAAUACCUACAACCCACAAUGGAGGAAGCAUCCUAACUUUUCCUGGGCGAACAACAACCCAAAUGGUGCUCGCAACAUUCCACCUCCAGGCAUGCAGAAACAACAACCUCCACCUCAACCAGAGAAGAAACCACAACUUGAAGAAUUGCUUCUGGCUCACAUGCAGAAAACCGACAAUAAUCUGAAGGGCCUGGAUCAGUUUGUCACUCAACAGCUAGCCAUCAACAAUAAUUUACAAUCUUCUAUGCUAGCUAUGGAGAGGCAAAUAGGCCAGAUGGCUCAAACUUUGGCAGAUAUGCAAGGCAGGAUUCCUGGGACAUUACCAGCAAAUACUGAGAGGAAUCCGAAGGAUGCCAUGGUUGUAGCAGUGACAUUGAGGAGUGGAAAGGCCUUGGAAGACCCUAGCAGCUCGAAAAAGGCACCAGAGGCAGAAGAUGAAGCACCGGGAGAAAGAUCUUGUGCAGAAAAUGAAGAAUCAGCCUUGCACAGGCAAAAUGAAAGUAGUUUGCCUGUGCAAAAGCAUGCUGCCCGUGUACCUCAAAAAGUGGAAAAAUUGAAGAAUGAAGAGGUAAAGCCUUAUGAACCUCCCGCGCCAUUCCCUCAAAGGUUAAUGAAGCCCAUGGAAGACCCAAACUUCAAGAAAUUUGUGAAUAUCUUCAAGCAACUUCAGAUUAACAUACCCUUGGCGGAGACACUUGAACAGAUGCCUAUAUAUGCUAAAUUCUUAAGGGAGUUGCUGACAAAGAAGCGGAAAUGGGCUGAUCUAGAGAAGGUAACCCUUACUUCUGAAUGUAGUGCUGUGAUUCAGAAUAAAUUACCAGAAAAGAGGGAUGAUCCGGGCAGUUUCACCAUUCCAUGUGUCAUUGGAGGUACAGAGUUCAAUAAAUCACUUUGUGAUCUUGGAGCAAGAAUUAAUUUGAUGCCAUACUCAGUCUACAAGAAAUUGGGAUUGGGAGAUGUUCUUAAGCAUACUCGGAUCACUCUCCAAUUGGCUGAUCGAUCAGUGAAAAUUCCAAAAGGAGUGGUAGAAAAUGUAUUGGUGAAGGUGGGGAAGUUUAUUCUCCCUACAGAUUUUGUGAUUCUGGAGAUGGAAGAUGAUCGGGGAGUGCCUCUCAUUCUCGGCAGACCUUUUCUAGCAACCGGUGAUGCACUCAUCGAUGUCGGGAGAGGCAAGUUGACAUUCCGAGUAGGUAAGGAGGAGGAAAUUUUUAAUGUCUUUCAAGUUGAUCAUAAUCACGAUGCAUGUGAUGACUUUGAAAGUGGAAGUCGAGAAAGGAAAAAUUCCUCUUCCUGUGAUAGUGGACCAUCCGAAGAACUAUCACCUAUCAUAUCUGCUCAGAUUCUGAAGUCAAAGCAAGGGCAGAAAUCCUUGCCAGGUCACCUCAAGUAUAGAUAUUUGGGUAAGGAUUUCAACCUUCCUGUUAUUAUUCCUUCUUCACUGACAUUGAAACAUGAAGAGUACCUGCUUGAGGCGCUGCAGUACCACCUACGCCUCACUAAAGGGUCCAACAUGCAAGCUAAGAAGGUCAUACCCAAUUUUCGCACACCUGGCCCUGCUGAGGUGACUCAUAUGUUGGAUGGAGGUUAUGCGUUCUAUCAUUGCUCGGGAGGGUAUGCUGGAUACCUUUCCAUACCCAUUGGUUGAAAGCUCCAUAAACGUCAGGCUGAGGACGUUAAACAAGCGCUUCUUGGGAGGCAACCCAAGGUAAGUUUUCUUUUCUUUAUUUUCCUUUUUAGUUGUGUCAAACCCGUGCAUGUUUAGAUUAGGAGUUGAACAUUAGGGACAAUGUUCCAUCCUGAGUGUGGGGUGGCGAGUCUUAGUGUUUGUUUGUUCCUUUUGUCAUGUGGUCGGUAAAAAAAAUUAAAAAAAAAAAAAUUGCCAUUGGUGAGUCUUAGUGUUUGUUUGUCCCUGUUGCAUGUGGUAAAAAAAAAACCCAAAAAAAAAAUCUGUCAUUUGGCUAUACACAGCCAAACUGCAUGCAGUUUGCCUGUGUAAAAAGCAGUCUGCCUGUGCAAAGCUAAUGGCUAAAAAACAAUUAAAAAUCAGAAAAAUUAAAAACAAAACCUUGUACUCUUGUGGUAACAUGAUGUAAAUGACUGUGAUGCAUGUGAAAUGAGUUUGUGCUUGAAUGAAAUCAUCAAAAUCAC